AUGCUCAUGGUGUGGGCGGUGAUGCGCGGUCCCGAGGGGGCUGCGUUGCAGCGAGCCACCGAUGUUGCAGCCGUCGGCGAUGACACAAGGUGGCACCGCUCGCCGCACAUGUUGCAAUCGGGAGGCUGGGGAGAGGAGAUGCGCAACAUCAAACAACUCACGCGCGACGGUGUUGUGCUGCAGGCUGGACGGCGGGCAGCAGUAGAUGGUGAUGUUGCAAACCACCCCGUCAUGGCAGCCGAGGUUGUUGCAGGGGAGGGAAGAGUUGCAUCGUGCUUCAAUAACAUGUCGAAAAACCAUGGAUAUAACACAAAUGCCACAAAUAGUGCUGGACAAGAGAAACAACAUGAUGAUGAUGAUGCACGUACGACUAGCUUUGGUUCAGGUGCUCCACCUACAUCUAACCAGAGGAUCCAUGAGCCAAGCAAGGAAGCAAGUUCUAGCGUUGGGGGAGAAGAAAGGUUCUUUGAUGUGUCGGUCAGCGAGCCAGCAAGUCCAGAAACAGGAGCGUUGAACGCUGAUCAAGGAGGAGUUAACGUUGAGGCAUACUCCACACCUAAGGCUCCUGAUACAACAAUGAAGUUUGAAAGUUUUGAGGAGGCUGUUGCUCACUACGAGCUAUAUGCACUCAGAAAUGGAUUUGGGACAAGGAUAGAGUACAAAAGAACACUAAAGGACAACACAGUGAGCAGAGCACUCCUGGUGUGUGGGAAAGGCGGCAAGCCAAAGAAGAAGAAGGAGGAGGUGCAGGAUGUACUGAACCCAGAAGGCAUCAUGAAGAAGAGAAAAGGGCGUAAGGUUAAGAGGACUGAGUGUCCAGCCCACCUUUACCUUACGCACAAGGAUGCAUGGUGGGGAGUCGAACACUUUGAUGACAACCACAACCAUCCACUAAUAAGAAAGCCAUAUCUGACAAAAUUUCUAGCCUCACAUCGGAACAUUCCCAAAGACGAGCAAGAUUUCUUACGGAUUCUACAUGAAUGCAACAUAGACACCGCAAGGCAAAUGCAACUAAUUUCAUGGUUCUAUGGUGAGGCUGAGAAUGUACCAUACACAACACAGGACCUUGCAAAUCAGCGAGCCAAAUUUUGCAAGGAGUACCAUAAUGCAGACGUGGGGAGCACAAUUGCAUACUUUGAGGAGCUCAGGGCAAAGGAUCCAGAUUUCUAUUGGAGAAUGAAACUUGAUGAUGAAGACAGGGUGGAAAACAUGUCCUGGAUAGAUGGUGCAUCACGUAGGGCAUACGCAAAAUACAACGACAUUGUGUCGUUCGACACAAAGUACAUGACUAAUAUGUACAAGAUGCCGUGUGCCCCCUUCAUUGGCAUUAACAACCAGGGGCAAUCAAUCCAAUUCGGUUGUGGUUUUGUUCGAAAUGAACUGACUGACAACUUUGUGUGGCUGUUUAACACAUUCUUGCAUGCGAUGGGUGGGGUUGCACCAAAGAACAUAGUCACAGAUCAGGACUUUGCCAUGAGGAAUGCUAUUGUCGAGGUGUUCAUCGGGAUUCUACACAUAAAUUGCAGAUGGCACAUUAUGAAGAAAGCACAGGAGAAGCUUGGGAGGUUAAUGGCCGAUGAUCAACCACUGAACAAAGCAUUCAAAGAUUGUGUUGACAACAACUUGAAUGUUGAGGAGUUUGAGAAAAAAUGGUGGAAGAUGCUAGACGAUCAUGGGCAAACGGACAACGAGCAUUUCCACUGGCUGUGGGAAAACAGGGAAUGCUGGGUCCCGGUGUACUACAUGCACGACUUCUUCCCAUUCUUGCAGACAACGGAGAAGGUGAUGAUGGAGAUGAAGGUGAAAACUGGCUACAGAUGUGACACGUUGCAAGAUGGGUCAUUCAAGGUUGGCUCAGUCAGAGGAAUCAUACCAAAAUAUGGGGAUAGGGACUACCAUGUGCAAGCAAACAAGGAUGAAGGGACAUAUUCAUGCACUUGCUGCAAGUUUGAGCGAGAUGGUAUACCCUGCGCACAUGUGUUACGAGUGAUGGACCAAAUCGGGGUGUACGAGAUACCUGAGAAGUAUAUUCUAAAGAGGUGGACUUGGGAUCAAGAGGAAGAUCUAAUCAAACCUGAUUUUGAACAACCAAUAGUUAGUAAGAGCAUGCCAGAGGAGGGAAAAAGCGUCAUGCGAUAUACAUCAAUGCUAAGGGAGUUCAAGGCAACAGCCAAGGAUGCUUGCCUCACAGAUGAUGGGCCCAGGGUGGCCAAGAAGCACCUAUAUGCUUUCAAGGAAGAAAUGGACGCGCUAACAAAAAGCCAACGUAAGAAGGCCAGAAAGGACAAGGAAGAAGCUAGAGGAUCGUUCUAA